CUGGCGGCGGGCGGCAGGAUGGUGCAGAAGGAGGGGCAGGCGGCCUUGGAGGAGCCCCAGGGCAGCCCCAACCCGGCCGGAGCGUCCGGAGCUCCUCUGGAACCGCCGGGCGCCGCCGCAGGAGCCGUCCCGGGGGGCGAGGAAACCGACACGGAGACGGAGACGGCGCUGGGUUCCCGCCGCUUCCUCUGUGGCGUGGUGGAAGGCUUUUAUGGAAGACCUUGGGUUAUGGAGCAGAGGAAAGAACUUUUUAGAAGGCUUCAGAAGUGGGGACUGAAUACAUACCUGUAUGCUCCAAAGGACGAUUACAAGCACAGGAUGUUCUGGCGGGAAAUGUACUCUGUGGAGGAAGCAGAGCAGCUAAUGACUCUGAUAUCAGCUGCACGUGAACAUGAAAUAGAGUUCAUCUAUGCCAUCUCACCUGGGCUUGACAUCACUUUCUCAAAUCCCAAAGAAGUAUCCACACUGAAGCGCAAGCUGGACCAGGUUUCCCAGUUUGGCUGCAGAUCUUUUGCCCUGCUGUUUGAUGAUAUUGACCACAACAUGUGUGCAGCAGACAAAGAAGUGUUUAGUUCCUUUGCUCAUGCUCAAGUAUCCAUAACAAAUGAGAUUUACCAAUAUCUGGGAGAACCAGACACAUUCCUUUUCUGUCCUACAGAAUACUGUGGAACUUUCUGUUACCCAAAUGUUGCUCAGUCUCCAUAUUUACGAACUGUAGGAGAAAAACUGCUUCCUGGCAUUGAUGUGUUAUGGACAGGUCCGAAAGUUGUAUCCAAAGACAUUCCAGUAGAGUCCAUUGAAGAAGUUUCUAAGAUCAUCAGGAGAGCACCAGUUAUUUGGGACAACAUUCAUGCUAAUGAUUAUGAUCAAAAGAGGCUUUUUCUUGGACCUUACAAAGGUCGGUCAACUGAGCUCAUCCCUCGACUAAAGGGAGUUCUGACCAAUCCAAACUGUGAAUUUGAAGCCAAUUAUGUUGCUAUUCACACACUUGCAACCUGGUACAAGUCUAACAUGAAUGGAGUGAGAAAAGAUGUGGUGAUGACUGAUACUGAAGACAGUACCGUUUCUAUCCAGAUUAAACUGGAAAAUGAGGGCAGCGAUGAAGACAUUGAAACAGAUGUUCUCUACAGCCCACAAAUGGCCCUGAAGUUGGCCUUAACUGAAUGGCUUCAGGAGUUCGGAGUACCUCAACAAUACAGCAGUAGGCAAGUGGCCCACAGCGGAGCUAAAACUGCUGUAGGGGACGUAGGGCCUCUGGUGGCACCGUCGUCUUUAAAUGCAGCAACUGUGGUCACCACAGUCUACCAGGAACCCAUCAUGAGUCAAGGCGCAGCACUGAGCAGCGAGCCACCAGCCUUGGUAAAGGAGGAAGAGAAGAAGCAGUCUGAUGAGGAGCCGAUGGACAUGGUGGUAGAAAAACAAGAUGAUGCAGACAAGAAUGCUAACCAGAUAUUGACAGAUAUCGCUGAGGCGAAGAUGACAGAGGAGUUGAAGCCAAUGGAUACCGAUAAGGAGAGCAUAGCUGAAUCUAAGUCCCCGGAGAUGUCUAUGCAGGAGGACUCUGGUAGUGAUAUUGCCCCUAUGCAGACUGAUGAACAAAUUAACAAAGAACAGUUUGUGCCUGGGCCAAAUGAAAAACCACUCUACGCAGUAGAACCAGUGACUUUAGAGGACUUGCAGCUUCUUGCUGACUUGUUUUAUCUCCCAUAUGAACAUGGGCCCAAAGGCGCACAGAUGCUGAGAGAAUUCCAGUGGCUUAGAGCAAAUAGCAGCGUUGUCAGUGUUAACUGCAAAGGAAAGGAUGCUGAAAAAAUAGAAGAGUGGCGUAACCGAGCAGCUAAGUUUGAAGAGAUGUGCAGCUUGGUGAUGGGAAUGUUCACUCGCCUCUCCAAUUGUGCCAACAGAACAAUCCUUUAUGAUAUGUACUCCUACGUCUGGGAUAUCAAGAGUAUUAUGUCAAUGGUGAAAUCUUUUGUGCAAUGGUUAGGGUGUCGUAGUCAAUCUUCAGCACAGUUCUUAAGUGGAGACCAAGAACCCUGGGCCUUUAGAGGUGGUCUAGCAGGAGAGUUCCAGCGUUUGCUGCCUAUUGAUGGGGCAAAUGACCUCUUUUUUCAACCGCCUCCAUUAACGCCCACUUCCAAGGUGUACACCAUAAGGCCCUACUUCCCCAAGGAUGAGGCGUCUGUAUAUAAGAUCUGCAGAGAAAUGUACGCUGAUGGAGCUGAUCAACCUUUCCACAGUCUGCCAGACUUAAUUGGAGACAAGUUAGUAGGAGGUCUGCUCACCCUCAGCCUGGAUUACUGCUUUGUCUUGGAAGAUGAGGAUGGCAUAUGUGGCUACGCUUUGGGAACAGUUGAUGUGACUCCUUUCAUUAAGAAAUGCAAAAUGUCUUGGAUCCCUUUCAUGCAAGAGAAAUAUACUAAACCAAAUAGCGACAAGGAGCUGUCUGAGGCAGAGAAAAUAAUGCUAAGCUUCCAUGAAGAACAAGAAGUAUUGCCAGAAUCAUUCCUUGCCAACUUCCCAUCAUUGAUAAAGAUUGAUAUCCACAAAAAAGUGACGGAUCCAAGCGUGGCCAAAAGCAUGAUGGCCUGCCUGCUCUCUUCUCUAAAGGCUAAUGGCUCCCGUGGGGCCUUUUGUGAAGUGAGGCCAGAUGAUAAAAGAAUUCUGGAAUUCUACAGCAAGCUCGGCUGUUUCGAAAUUGCUAAAAUGGAAGGAUUUCCAAAGGAUGUUGUUAUCCUUGGAAGAAGCCUUUGAAGUGCUCAACAGCAAACUGUUCCAGUGCUGCAGUCCCUUAACAUCUGGGCGGGGAGUGGUGGGGAUCUUCAUAUGGUCUAGCUGAACACAGCCAGCAAUAAGCCAGCUUGGGAGAGGGGACUAUGCGAAAAUCGCCCAUCACACAUUCAGACUGAUUUGCUGGAGGAGGAUAACGCUGCUGAACGCGCCGUUUUAGCAAGAGAAUCUCUGUCCUCUCCUGGUCUCGUGUGAAGUGCCAAGGAAUCUUGCAUGGACAAUGUAGCUGCCUGGAGGAAUUGUCCUCAAUCAGCGUUGUGACAGCAGUUGUGUGUUUGAGCAUCAGCAGAAAAGCGGCUGCUGUAAGGAAGAAUCUGUAAGGACGCAGUUUUGUUUCGGUGUCGUAGAGCAGGAUGUGCAACUGGGAGUUGCAGGAGUGGGAGGGAUUACUUAUGUCAAUCAGCAGAUGUAAAGAUAAGUAGUUAUAGUUCUAUUUUUGACUAUCUUUAUGCUUGUUGAUAAAGCGAUGACCCAUUGUCACUUCUAACAACCAUUGGUUCGAGCUUUGUGCUGUUAGGGACAAAUGUGCAGUGGUCUGUGGCAGAAGUCACGUAAUGACAAGCCUGUAAAUUUCGGUGUAUAUAAACUUAGCUGUAUGCUGACUAACUUUUUGUUUACCAGUUUUUGUAACUUUUUCUUUUAAAAACUGAAAGGAUAUAGGUCCAAGAUGGCACUUUUGAAUAACAUAAAACCACGAUGGAGAGCAAAUCUGUCCACAGCACUGACUUUUUUUUUUUUUUAAACUGUGCCUCAUGUCCAGGGCUA